CUUGGAUGGGAACCUAUUGUUAAUCGAGAGUUUAAGGCGACCCGCAAUGGUGUACAUGUUACAAUUCCUCUUUCGGUGCAUAAAUCCCAGCGUGAGGUUUUUACAGCAGAAAAAUUGGAAAAUAUUUCAGUGGUACCACCACAGAAGACUUUCGUCAAUGAUUUAGAAUUAAAAAAAAAUUGA